AUGCCUAGUGAUUAUACUUCCCAUUACCCAGUAAUACUUAUCAAAAAAAAAAAAAAAAAAAUUGCAGGAAUGUAUAGGCAUAGUAAGCGGUACCUUGAGAUAAUGUCCACCGCUUCAGCUCAAUUCGUCGGAAACUAA